AUGGCAGGAAGAUGUGGCACUAGACCAUGUGAAUCAACACAAAAGUGCGUUGGCACCGUAGAUAUCUAUACGUGUAUAGACACUGACUUAGAGCAAGUUCUGGGAGUGCCAAAUGGUGGGGAUUUGGGCUGGUGGAUGGGUGGGGAAGAGUGCGACGAAGGAACAUUCGCUAUGGGAUACGAAAUGAAAAUUGAAGCAAAUCUGGGACAGGGUGACGACACAGCUCUGAAUGGAAUAAAGCUCAUAUGCAAAUCACUGGAUGGUACAUUAUCUAACACAAUAACAUCCGCUACUGCACCCUGGGGAGACUGGACGGGUGAAACAUACUGCACUGGCUCCCAUGGCCCCUCAUUUUUGACUUCCUUCGGUCUUCAAGUCGAUCCCUGGACUGGUGACGGAGAAGACGACACUGCUGCUAACUUCAUCAAAUUCAAAUGCCGCGACAUUGCUGGUAUACAUGAAGCCUACGAACUCUCAAAAGAUCCCGGUAUCGGAGAUCUUUGA